UAGAUGAUCUAGAUUUCUAGAUCUAGAUCUAUACUAUAGAUUCUAUUGACUUGAGCAACUAACAAUUAAGAAUUAAGGAAACUUGAGAUAUAGAAUUUAAUAGAUCUAAUUUAUAUUCAACUAUUUCAUCAUAACAGUGAUUUUAUAUUAUUAUAUAUUACUACUUAUUACUAGACUAACUUAGUAACUAAAGUUAAAUAUAAUAUCAUCUGUCAUCAUGGUAAAUUAAUUGGGAGCUAUAAAUACCAUUAAUCAUCUCAUGGUAAUGGAGAAUUCUUAAGUCAACUGUUGUACAGUAUUAAUGGAUUUGGCAGUGUACACAACAGCGUUGCCUGACUUUGAAGCUUAUUCAAUUUAAAUACAUAUGCAAGAAAAGUUUUCAGGAGUUCAGGAGAGUUCCAGCAACUCUACUACCAAUUUUAACCCUUAUUUCAACGAUUCAUCCUCUGUGAAUAACAUGGCCAUGGCAAGUCAGGAAAGUUCGAAGGAGCUAAAAAUGUCUGCUUCUUCAUACAGUAUGACAGACAUUUCAUUAGAACAAGCUGUGUUUAGACUGCGUGAAAUAGAAAAUGAAAAUCUGGCUUUGAGAGAUAGCCUUCGGCAGAAUAAUGCUGUUGUAAAAAAACAAUAUGAAGCUGUCUCUGAGUGGAGGAAAAGAGAAAUGGAGAAAUUUGAACAGACAAAAGCUUUGAUAACAGCUUUGAGGGCAGAAAUUCAGGACUUGCAAGAGAAACUGUUGGCCAAAGAUGAAAAUGAAAAAUCAUUGACCGAGAGACUUGAAGCUGUGGAAGAAGAGAAGGCCCAAGUUCAAUGUCAAAAAGCAAUCAGUGAUCAACGCAUGUUGAAUGUGUGUAGACUGGCUGAAGAGCAAGGGAUAAAAGGAUUCAAAGAAGACUUGGACAUUGACAGAGAUAUUGUAUAUGUCUCAGAAUUAGACAAAGAAGCAACUAUAUCACAGCUUGAAGAGGAGAUCAGUAGUAAGGAGGACUCAAUAUCUCAAUUGAAAUCUAUCAUACAAAAGUUAGAAGCAGAUUUGGCCCACAGUCAUGAGCAGACUAAACUAUUGCUCGAAGACAUGAAGUCUCAGCAGAAGCUGAAGGAAACUAUGGAGGAAGAGAACAGAAACCUGACUAAAAAAAUAAUGGACACAGAGCAAAAACUUCAUCAACAGAUGCAGUCUGUCAUUGCCUCAACCAGGAAAGAAAUGCAGGUGGAGCAGGGCUUAUCGAAAUCCACAAAUACUACCCAGCCAUCUUCAGAAGUGAACGGGGAUUCAACUUUUUUUAGUUUUCCAGACAAUAUGGAGGAUCUGAUGCACAUAGCCAAAUCACUGGAGGCCAAACAGCAGGAGGAAAUAAAACAAAAAGAUUUAAUAUCAAAAGUUGAGAAAUCCAAUGAGGAGAAACAACAUCUCUUACAAGAAGUUGAGAGACUAAAGACUGAGGUGCAAGAUUUAACUGCCAAAGUAAACAAUUUACAAGCACAGCUCAUUGAAGAAAGAGCUAAGAACAGAGAGACAACAGACAAAAUGUCAAUGGAAUAUGAGCAGAAACUUAUGGCAAUGGCUAAAAAUAAACCUGACAGCAAGGACUUUCAAGCUGCAAGCAAUACAGACGAUUCAUCUGCAUUAAGAUCUCAAGUCUUGUCUCUCCUUAAGGAAGUCUAUGAUGCUCAAAACAAAUGCUCUGCAGCAAUUCAAGCCAAUACCUUGAAAGAUACCAGAAUAGUAGAGCUGGAGAAUUUAAAUGAUGCUUUGAGGCAAGAAGGGGCUAAAUAUCGACAAAGCACAACUGACCUCAUUCAGCAGCUCAGAUCCAUAAACCACCAAUCAGAGAAAGCCCAGGCUGAAAAUAUGAGUGUUAAGAAGCAGUAUAGCAUGUUGCAAGAAUCAUUCAGCAAGCUAGUGACUGACUAUAAAGAACUGCAAGAAACCUUUGAAUCCUAUAGGACACAAACAGAAAGACAGGCACGUUACCCUCGACAACCUACCAGAGAGACCAUGGAAGAGAUCAACAGGCUGACUGCUCAGGUGAUUGCUGCAGAUGAAGCCAUUGCAUACAGAGAUGAGCAGAUUGCCCAACUCAGAGCUGAAAUUGCCUCAAACAGCUUCAGUGAGGAAAUACAUUUGCUCAAGUUUCAGGCUGAUUUGUUCAAAAGUGACUUUGCUGCUGAGAGAGAGGCCAGGACCAAAUUGGCUGAGGAGAAAUCAAAGCUUCAAGAAGAGAUGGAACAACUGCGUGAGCUGAACAGAACUUUAAGGGAAGAAUUGGAUGCCUACAAUCAGCGACAGAUUCGGGACAUUCAGAGACGUUUUGACGAUUCUGAAAGGCAGAGAAGGACACCCCCUUUGAACACCAACAGAUUUUCUGGAGCAGGAUGGAAUGUGUUUCCGGAGAGCCAAGUUCCAGUUGUUCCAAGACAAGAUGAAGAUGAGGAGUUGAAAAGUUUCCAACAGUAUGACUGCCCCAAGUGUAGCACACUUUUCCCUGACAUUGAUUCUCUCCAGCUCCAUGUUCCUGACUGCAUUGACAACUAAGUUUUUUUUAACCUUAUCAUUGAUUGUGGUUUGAAAUCUGGUUUAGUAGUUGCUCUUCUGAUUGGUUCAUACAUUCCCCAUCAGUUUGUACAUUUUAUUUCAUGUAUGGUGAAGAUAUGUAUUGUAUUCUGAAAAGUUUAGGUAUUAAGAAUAAUGUGUAAUACUGAUUUGGUCUAAGUAGAGCAGUCAGUGUUUGUCACAAGCUUUUUCCCUAACAGAACACUUCACACAUUCUGAGUAGUUAGCGGAACACUUUACUUAGUGGCCUACUUGUGCAUUUGUUAAUUAUUCCAGUAGUUCUUGGAACACUUAUUCAGGCCUCGUGGAACACUGGGGUUCCGCAGAACACAGUUGGGAAACACUGUGGUAGAGUAUUGAUAUCUAUCAUACCAUAUGACAUUACAAUAGUAAUAUCAUAAACAAUGGUACCCAGAACCAGGCCAACUCUACUUGACAAGCUUUGGGUACAUUAAAAAGUCUCAUUUAGAAUUUAACAAAAAUUUUAGACUAUUGUUAUGAACAUAAUAGCACAAUAGAGUUGGAAACCAUGUCCGCUUAGUAUGGCUUUUAUACACAUCUCUAACAUUUUGUGAACACAUUCUGACUGACUUACAAGCACAUGUAAACAUAAGAACCUUGUUCCAUUCAGAAUUUGAGAGAUUUAUGUGAUUUAUUUUUGUGAACAUUUACUGCAUUCUGUUUUUACAUGCAGAUAUUUGUUGUGCUUGCAAUAAGAACAUGUAAAGUACUUCUUACUCUCCUUUUUUAAACAUUUAUCAUUAGUUCAAAAUUAGUGAUAGUAGUAUUGUUUUUGUAACUGUAUGCUAGAUUUCCUUCAUUUCUCACCAUAUUGUAAAAUAAUAGAUACAAUUCAAAUAGAACUAAUUAAAAUACUAAUAUUACAAAUGUUGAAAAUGGAGAAUUUUAUCUUUAUUUUCUGUUGCACCUUUUAAGAUUUUUCCUUAAAUUUUUUGUUUAAUCAUUGAGAACUAAGAAUAGGUCUUCUUUUUCAAUCAUUAUUUUUAGGUGCUAUUUUUUUGUUGUUGUUGUCUUUCACACUACAGUAAUGCAUUACAAAUUGAAUUUGUGCAAUUUGAAUCAUUUAAUAUACUUUGACAAUCAGUGUCAUUGGUUUUUAUUGGAAAUGUAUAGACUUGUUAAUGUACUGAUAGUAUAUAUAUUUGAAUAAAGUAUUAGUGUUAAUUAAUGUUUGAAAAAAUAACAGAAUUUUUUUUUUGUUCACAUUUUUUUUGUCCCAAUAUAGGUCUAACAAAUAGAUUUUUAAAGUAAAUCUCAUUACUAUACAAUGUAUUACUUGUAUACCAUAAAGGGGUUAAAUACUGUUUUAAUUAUAUUUGUGUAAAUACCGUACGAUUCAUAACUAUGAUCAUAACAAUGAUUUCAAAUAAAAAUAAAAGAAAUUGC